AGCGGCUGGGACCUUGAGGGCGGCCAGGCCAGCAACGCAACUGGCGGGGAGCGGGGAGCGGGGAGCAAGGGGGAAGCGAUACGGAGCAAGCGAGUGCGCUACAGAGGGCGAGAGAACUCCGGAAGCCGGACAAAGCUUUGCGCACCUCUGCCCAGGCCGCUGCUAGCUCCCGAGAGCACGCGAUCACACGACUGGCCCGGCCACCGCCGCGGACAGUGCGCCACUUGUGAGGCGAGGCCCGGGGCGGCCCGCGGGGACCCUGCCCAGAUCGCCUGGGCCGCCCGGAUGUGCACUAAAAUGGAACAGCCCUUCUACCACGACGACUCGUACGCGACGACGGGAUACGGGCGGGCCCCUGGAAGCCUUUCUCUGCACGACUACAAACUCCUGAAGCCCAGCCUGGCGCUGAACCUGGCAGACCCCUACCGCGGACUGAAGGCGCCUGGAGCGCGCGGCCCGGGCCCGGAAGGCAGUGGGGCCGGCAGCUAUUUCUCCGGUCAGGGCUCAGAUACAGGGGCGUCUCUGAAGCUUGCCUCCUCGGAGCUGGAGCGCCUGAUCGUGCCCAACAGCAACGGCGUGAUCACAACGACGCCCACGCCACCGGGACAGUACUUUUACCCCCGCGGGGGCGGCAGCAGCGGAGGUGCCGGGGGCGCGGGGGGCGGCGUCACCGAGGAGCAGGAGGGCUUCGCCGACGGCUUCGUCAAAGCUCUGGACGACCUGCAUAAGAUGAACCACGUGACGCCCCCCAACGUGUCCCUGGGUCCCGGCGGGGGGGCCCAGGCCGGGCCCGGGGGCGUCUACGCCGGCCCAGAGCCGCCUCCUGUCUACACCAACCUCAGCAGCUACUCCCCGGCCUCUGCGUCCUCCGGGGGCGCCGGGGCCGCCGUCGGGACCGGGAGCUCAUACCCGACGGCCACCAUCAGCUACCUCCCCCACGCGCCGCCCUUCGCUGGCGGCCACCCCGCUCAGCUGGGCUUGGGUCGCGGCGCCUCCGCCUUCAAGGAGGAACCACAGACCGUGCCUGAGGCGCGCAGCCGCGACGCCACGCCGCCGGUGUCCCCCAUCAACAUGGAAGACCAGGAGCGCAUUAAAGUGGAGCGCAAGCGGCUGCGGAACCGACUGGCGGCCACCAAGUGCCGGAAGCGGAAACUAGAGCGCAUCGCGCGCCUGGAGGACAAGGUGAAGACGCUGAAGGCUGAGAACGCGGGCUUGUCCAGCACCGCCGGGCUGCUCCGGGAGCAAGUGGCCCAGCUGAAACAGAAGGUCAUGACCCACGUAAGCAACGGCUGCCAGCUGCUCCUGGGGGUCAAGGGCCACGCCUUCUGAGCGCCCUCUACAGAGACCCCGGCCUGGACUGCUGGGCGCGAGCCUCCGUGAGCAAGGCGGUGGGCACCGCCAGUCGGGGGGCGCCAGCCACACUGGACUCGGCCGCGCCCCGCGCUCAGCCCUCACCUCGACGUUUACAGCCCCCCUUCCAUUCUUUUUUUUUUAUUUUUUUCUUUUGGAAACGGACUCGAUUCAUAUUGAAUAUAAUAUAUUUGUGUAUUUAACAGGAAGGGGAGAAGGGGGCGAUUGCGGCGGAGCUGGCCCCGCCGCCCGGUACUCGAGCCCGCGGGGACACUGGGGAAGGGACCCCCGCCCCCUGCCCUCCCCCUCUGCACCGUACUGUGGGCAGAAACACGCACUUGAUAUCUAAAGAGUUUAUUUUAAAAUGUGUUUGUGUGUGUGUGCGUAUGUUUUUAUUGAAUCUAUUUAAGUAAAAACUGAUUCUUUAUUAAA